AUGAGUGGAUCGGUGGUGGUGGUGGUGGGGGGAGCGGUGGCGCUGUGGUUAGCGCAGCGGGCGGUCACGGACCCAGCCAGCAGAGGCCGCCUCGAGGUCUCCGUCCGAAAGCGUCGAUCCCUUCCGAGGGACAUGGCAGCGACCAGCGUGGUGAACGUGAGCAGCGAGAUGCCGAGCACGGGGUCACAAGGUCACGGCGGCUACGGUGGUCUCGGGGGCAGCACCGGGGGCAGCAGUGGGAGUGAGCGGACUCCCCGGAGCCGUCGCAGGACGCCCCACCGGGGAUCGGAUCCCCUCGCCGGGGGACCCUCGGCGUCCCCUGUCGUGGUGCAGGGGUCCCUGCGCCACUCGGUGACCCCGCUGCCGGCCCCGGAGCGCGCUCUGUGCCUGCUGAUCGCCAUCGCUGGGCACGCGUACGCCUUCUACAUCGUCCACCUGGUGUCUCGUGAGCACGAGGAGGAAUUGCACGCCGAGUUUGAGCUGGAGAAGGGAUUUUUCGUGUGGGGAUUCAAGAAGGACUCCACGGACUUUGAGUGGACGUUCUGGUCUCACUGGGCCUCGUCGAGGCUGCUCUGGAUGCUGCUGGGCCACGUACUGCUCUCUCAGCUCUUCUCACACUCAGUCCCGCAGCUGCGCCCGUGGGGCUGGCUGGCGUACGGGCUGGCGUGCUGCGCCGCGCUGCUGGGCACUGGGGGAGCGGCCGUCGUGCUGGCGCACGCGCUCGCCUCGUACGCGGCGGCACAACUUCGCCGGCCGGCGCUCUGCUGGCUCACCAGCCUGGGCCUCCUCGCCGGCCUGCAGGCCGCUCACUGGAGCCACACGCAGGGCUGGUACGAGUCCGAGAACGAGUACUUCCUCCUGCUCUUCACGCUCGCCAUGACCAACCUGCGCUGCACCAGCUUCAGCCUUGAGCUGUGCCGCCAGGCGGAUCCCCCGUGCCCGUCCGUGCCACACCACCCCCGUCCACCAGCGCCUGCGGAGCAGACGGGCCCCUCACCCCUUACUCAGACCGCUCACCCAGCCACUGGCUCCUCGCUCUUUUGGCCACUGGUCUACACUUUCUACUAUCCACCGCUCCACAACGGCCCGAUCAUGAGCUACUGCGACUUUGUAGCUCGGUGUGAGCGGCCGGUGUCUCAGCCGGGCGACGUACGAAGCGGAGGCCCUCAGAUGCCCCGACUGCCCCUGCUGCCCCUGCUGCCCCGGCUGCCCCGGCUGUCGUGGCUGGCCGUGCGCGUGGCCGCCUGGUGGGCGCUGGCGGAGCUCAUGCUGCACCUCGGCUACUUCUCGGUGCUGCACCAGCACGAGGAGCUGCUCGAGUCCCUGCCCAGCGCCACGCUCGCCUGCCUGGCCAUCGCCCACGUCAGCUUCUUCUACGUGAAGUACCUGGUGCUGUUCGGGGUGCCCAGCCUCGCCAUGCACCUGGACGGCGUCCAACCUCCUCCCCUACCGCGCUGCGUGAGCAUCACACACGGCUUCUCCGACAUGUGGAGGAACUUUGAUGUCGGACUUCACAGGUGGCUGCUCAGGUACGUGUACGUGCCGCUGGGAGGCUCGCAGGGUGGUGCGCUCCGACAGGCCGUCUCGUGCGGCGCCGUCUUCCUCUACGUCUUCUUCUGGCACGGCGCCCAGGCCUACCUGCUGUUCUGGGCCACGCUCAACUGGCUCGGAGUCACCAUGGAGACGGGCCUGGGCCGUGCCCUCUCCUCCACUCCCGCAGAGCGACUCUCCCUGGGUGGCCGCCUCUCCCCGCUGGGCCAGCGUCGGCUCCUCGGUGUCAUUGCCGGCGCCUCCACGGCGAUGGUCAUCUUGUCGAACCUCGUGUUCCUAGGCGGCACGGCCGUCGGAGCCGUUUACUGGGACAGGGUUUUCCUCCAAGGCUGGCCAUGGACAACCCUUGGGGUGCUUUCGUUCCUGUAUUGCUGCGCCCAGUUUGGGAUGGACUGGGACCAAGCGAAGGUCCCUUAGGGUGGCUCAACUCUUCGCCCCAUAAAUGUGCACGACUUUACGCACGUAGUGAGUCUUCGAUUCGCAUCGAUUCUUACGCUCGAGGUACGUGCAUCGAUUCGUGCAAGUAGCAAUUGGUCAUUUUCGAUUUUAAGUUCGUUUUAUGUCACCAGUUAACGCGCACCCUGCAGCCACGAAAGAUAACCAUGACUUAGGUCAAUUAAUCUGAUCACGAGGCAGGGGAAUAUGUACAUGCCUGACCAACGCCCAGAAAACCUCUGCUCAGUUAGACUAAACUAUUUAACUCUUCUAUUUUUUAUUUACCAGAUAAGGGCUCACUGAGCUAUCAUUUUCAGAAGCGACCUGGCCACAAAUGAUAGCUCAACAAAAUGACUUAUCGUUUGGACAUGUAUAGCAGUCAAAUUCUCCGAACGCGCGAUUCUAAAUGUGGAGGGAAAAAACAGAGGACCUGGAGAAAAAUCAACACGACCAAGGGGAGAACGUGCAUACUCCAAAUAUACAGCAGCAGGCGUCAGGGUCGGGAUUGAACCCACGACCUCCUGCAUACCAGGCGAGGUGGUGAACAUCUCCUAGCCACUGUGAUGAUGAAAGAGAGAGAAACGCAAACUCCAACACAUACAGCAGUAGGCGUCAGGGUCGGGAUUGACCCCACGACCUCCUGUAGACCAGGCGAGGUGGUUAACAUCUCCUAUCCACUGUGAUGAUGAGAGAGAGACGCAAACUCCAAAUAUACAGCAGCAGGCGUCAGGGUCGGGAUAGAAUCCACGACCUCCUGUAUACCAGGCGAGGUAGUUAACAUCUCACCACCGUGGCACCCACCAAGAGAUCAAGACGGAGCUGCUCCGGUUAGCCGCCUCUCUCAACGGCUUUCCUCACGUCAUCAGCGUGCGGGCCUGGUCUCCCCUUUGGCGGUCGCCGAUUCCUGUGGCUUGCCUUUCGCCACUGCGGUCCUCUUGGGCUCCGUCAUCUGCGCUGGCCAUCUCCAAGCCUCCGCCGUCAGCCUCGCGGUUCUAUACCAACGGCGUGGGCCCCACCUGGGCCUCCACAACCAGGGGUCGCCUCGUGCACUUUGGGGCUGCGGACGCUGGACCUCGGCUCCCGCGGCGAGCCUGGGGCUGCUCCCGGUGGCGCUCCGUGGCAUCCGGUUGCCGGCGCCGCCUGCGGCCUGCGGUAACUCGCACCUGUGCCCGGUGUGCACGACCCCGGCUGGGCCCCCGUGGCCUCUGCUGUUUGUGUCCGCCCCAGGAUGGAGCUGCCCCUGCUCUGGCAGCCUCCUUAGCCUGGUGCCUGCCAUCGCCCUUCGCUGGCCUGCUGAGGCCUGCCUUCCAGCAUGCGCCCAGUUUCUUCGGCUCCGUUCCAUUUUGGAGCCCCUCUGCAUUGAACAUCGGGCAGCUGAACUCACGCUCUGUCACCAAGAAAGCUGCCCUCCUUCACAACCCCAUCAUAGACUUCUCGCUUUUGAGCUGCUGAUCCUGCGAGUAUUGAAACAGGCCCGACUACCGUGAUGCCGUUGAGUCCAUUGUCGCCCCAAAUGUGGCUUCAAUUUCAUACGUGUACGGCGAUCAUCAGAGCAUCAUGGAGGAGGCCUCGUCGGAGUCCAUAGCGCCGGCAUUGCAAUUAAGCCUUGCUCUCUUCCGUCCCGGCCAACAUCCUUCGACCUUCAGUAGUGCGCCUGUCCAAAUGCGGGCAAACCCUUUUCUCCAUUUCUCCGUCUUGUACUGUCCACCCGAGGGCAACAUGGACCGCUCUCUCAACCUCUUGCUGAAGUAGACCAUCUAUUGAAGUCGACCAUCUAUUGAAGUAGACCCAUUGCCGAGACUCGAUCCUAUCCUGCUACAAGCUGGACGUUAACGGCGGCCCAAUCGGGACGUCUGGUGCAGACUUCGUAAAUCGUAAAAUAUUCAGAUCGUCAAUCUGCAGCUCGAGGAAAAGAAAGUGUAACUGCUCUAUUCAGUUCCCGAAGAAGCUGCCGGCAUGUGCGGUGAAACGUCGGACAUCGUUCGCGAACACAACACGCGGCGCAACGCUCAAGCGCAUCGGAGAGAAACAUGCCAAGAUGCAAAAAUGAGCAAAAAGAGGGAAAAU